AUGUUUGCUCCAGAGUCGAGCGAUGUGGCGCUUCCGAUGAUGUUUUUGAUGUGGUUUUGCUGGGGUGUCUGGCCACCCUUAAGGAAAAAGGGAGGCUCUGACAAUGAGCACUUCGGGUUAACAGCCGUCAUCUCUCAGAACUUGCUGUGCCUAUUCUUCUCCUUCACGCUGGGAAUGGCAAACCCCGACGGUGUUCCGAACUUUGACAGCACGCAGUUUCCACAAAUGGUCGCGCAAGAUACCUCGGAAAGGCUUCCUGCAGUUCUUCUUGCAGUUUCGUCCGGGGUUGUGAUCUGUUGUGCAGAGUUCGUCCUGGCCAAGGCUAUUGAUGUGUUGGGUGUGGCAAUUGCAGUUCCCACCGGCUUCGGGAUCUCUAUGCUAUGGGGAACAGCAGCCAGCUAUGCCAUCGAGCCCACGGCAGAUGCCAGGCUCCUUUUCUCAGGCCUAGGGGCUUGCUUGCUCGGCCUCUUCUGCGAUGCGGCCUCGAAGUUGGAUACCCACAAAGGAGCCCCAGAACAGGGAAGAACAAGUGACGUGGAAGCCUGCGCUUCCAAAGUGCAUCUGGCCUCCGGGUCUCAGAUGGAUCGCCGCAGGUUCUUGCUGCCCGUUGUGGGAGGGCUUAUGUUUGGAUGCAAUCCUCCCAUGCAGACGGCUGCCGCCACAAUCGGACAAUUGUCUCCAUAUGUCCAAAUGGUUGCCUUCAUGCUGGGAAAGCUCCUUACCAUUUUCCCAUUGGCUUGUGCCUACGUUUGGUUCUCAGGCGGAUGUAGCAGCGCCGUGAAGCUGCCUUGUGCGGUGUGGAGCGGCUACCUCGAGGCCUGUCGCAAGCGCCCAAAGGCAUUGCUGUUUGAUGCACUCUGUGGGGCUUGUGUUGGAAUAGGGCACUGCAUGUUCUUUGUUGGCACGCCUGUGGUGUCAAAAGCCGUGGCUUCCAUUUUCGGAACUUCGAGCUUGCUGCUCUCUGUUCUUAUCGGAGUCGUUCUCUUCAAGGAGCUUGCAGGAAAGAGCCUCACUCAGAAAGUGCUUUGCGCUCUCAGCGUUUCGUUUCUGAGCACAGCACUGGCGCUCAUGUCUGCGGCUUCCCUCCGAGAGUAG